AUGGACGGCUACGCCUCUGUCACCAGCGACUGGAGUCGACUCUAUUUCAUGUCAUUCUAUAUCAUGACUCUAGUGGUCAUUACGAUAGUCGUGGCCUUAGUGUUGGAGACAUUCCUGUUUCGCAUACAAUACAGACAUAAAAUGGGAGACAUUGACAGUACGUUUUUGGCAAGGGACACACACAUAACGGUGGACGUGGCGCUCAACUCAGAGGAAUUGAGUUUCUGUGUGGAAAACGCCCGAAACGUGCAAAACAUAUCGCAACUGUUGCGAUAUAGUAACUACUUGUUUAAUUCCAGGUCCUACUCGGACAGCACCGGCAGCUACGACAGCGGCGGUCUGGUGUAUAGGGGGACGAGGGCUCGCACUAAGUUCUCGUUGAGUCUCAAUAUGUAUUGCGAAGAGAUUGUCGACUGGACUCAAAAGGCGGACGAGGAGGACAGGCGGUUGCAGGCGUCGAGAGCCACGGCCGCCCGCAUCUCCCUUUCCGAUGGAGACUCUAUGGACGGCAGUACUCGUCGGCGCACUCGUCGGGCGCUGUCCUGUGUGUCAUAA